GGGAAAUUAUGCCUCUUUUUCGUUUAUCUUGUCCACUUCUCUCUUAUUGGCUUCUCCCCUCCCACUUUUUAAUCUGAUUGGUCUUUUGUAAAACAAACAAGCUGGCAAACUGAUUGGUUGAGCUGACACCCUUCUAACCAAUCGUGGGACAGCUUUCCUUCGUGUGGCGCAGGAUGUGCUGAUGGCAGAUGAGAGCUAUGCUGGGAUUGGUUCUUCUCCCCUCCCCCUCCUGAUCACGUACACUCUUGGCGUCGACUGGCUGGACCUGAAUUCGCUGUAACCAAUCAGAGCUUGCAUAGCUCUGGCGGGUGUCGGGCUCCGUGGGCGGCAGAAGAGAGCGGGGCUGCGAUUGGCUUUGGGUGGCUGGUGUAGCGAUUUUGAAUUGCAGGGAGGUUGCUCGGGCCGAUGAGCAGAAAUAAUGGCAAAGUAUAAGCAACGCCGGCGGAAGCUGCGGGCCCGUGCAAAACUUCUAAUGAACAGGAAGGGAGAUGUCAGUAAACUGCAGUGCUUGAAUCCUCUCCCUCAAAGGUUAUUGGAUGGUCUUCCUCCAAAUCCCCCCCACAGCCAAAGUAGCACUUUCUGGCCAUUAGCCCUCCCAAGUGUAAAGGAUGCAGUGAGGCCCUUGGCAAUGACAGCAUCGUCUUUGUACUGGUGGUGCCAGAACAGUGUUGCACAGAGUUUUGAAGUAAUCAAAGACACCAUAUUUCCUUCACGACUCUACCUGCGGCAACUGAACAUGCUGAAGCAACAGGUGGAAAAGCUGGAAAUUGAAUUUUCCAGACUACAAGGAGUGAUCCAGAUGAGUGGGACUGUUGUUAGUUCCUCAGAAAACUCUCCUUGUCAAAGGUGUAAUAAACCAUUACUAGCUGUUCCUGUCUGUGCACAGAUCGGCUUGGCAGACCCGGUAUCCCUGCCUUCCGCAGGAGUGCUGCAACCUGCAUCUGCCCCCCCUCCUCCACCUCCACCACCUCCGCUUCCUCCACGACCACCACCACCUGCACCUAUACUGCUCAAAAGGGGCAAUAGCACAAAAGCACUUCAGGCUACAUCAGUAAAAGAUGGGCCCAUACAAAUAACUCUCAAGGAUCUCCUGAAUGUGAAACUAAAGAACACACAGAAUUACACAAAAACAAACCAGGCAGGAUCACCAGUGAAGAAGCACAGGGCAUUAAUUACAGUCUCAGAUUUACAAAGCAUUAAUCUCAGACCUAAAUCCAAGCUCCUACAAGCUCCCAGUACAAACCUCCUAAUCACUCCCAGCAAAAAUCAAAUAGACCUUCGAAAACAUCUUAAGAAAGUCAAUAUUCAGAGGAGUCCUGGUGGAACUCCAUUAACUAACAAAGAGAACAUGGAAACUGGCACAGGAUUGACUCCAAUAAUGACACAGGCACUGAGGCGCAAAUUUCAGAUGGCUCACCCAAAGACUCCCUCUCCAGUUCGGUUACAUACUGCAAGCAGCUUUGAAGAACAGAACUAGACCUGUGCUGCUAUAUUUUUAUGUCAGUUGAGGGUCAGGUUGCUACUUGUCUAACCCCAAUUUUAUAUCACUGGAGGGUAAAGAAUUUGUUAUUUUAAGUAAGUUUAGCACACAUAAAAAGUGCCAUUUUGAUGGUCCUCAAGAGGGAAGUCUUCUAUCCACAGAAGGUAUAGCCUUCCCCAGAAUGUCCUACUGUGCCUCGGUCUUCACACUGGGGUACCUCUUCAAAGGAUGAGAAGAGAAUGAGGUCUUCUUGGUCCUUUUGAACAUUGACUUCUGAAAUUUCCAAAAAGUGUUGUCUUUUUGUGAUAGAGAUGCAUAUGUACUUGGAAGUAAUUUAAAUUUAAUGUUGUUUGUCUUACAUUUUUUUUAAAGAUGAUUUUGGCAAUAUUUGUAAUGUUAGAGGGAAAAAAUUCAAAAGAGGGAAGUAAUUCAAGACUCCAAUGUUUCAAGUAACAAAUAGGUUUGCAAAAGUUUUAUAAACAAUAGUUAUGUGGCUCAAUAAGAAAGUAUUAUUACUGUUUUCCAGCAUGUACCGUUUUGGCUUGUCUUUACAUUAACAUACCCAAUUUGAGACAACACUGUUUAGCGCCAGGGGACUGGAAGUGAGGAACUCCUAAGUUCCUGACUCUCCCACUGACUUGCUGUGUGACCUUGGGCAUAGUCACUAAAUGUGUUUCAAUUUCCCCAUCUGCAAAAUUUGGCUUAUGAUACUGACCUAACAGGAAAGUUGUGAUAAUUAACUAAUAAUAUUAAUGAAAUGCUUCAAAAUGGAAAGCUCAGAGGUCCUAACUGGUGUUAUAGGAAUGGAAUGAACAUGCUUGGUUCCUAAACAAAUACAUAGUUAGUAUAAGUCACCUUAAACUCCUACUGCCAGUAUCCAGUCUUGUUUAUUAUAAUUAUUACAUGUUUACACUGCAUAUUUUCCACCAGUGAUUACACAUUUCCUAUUGUACUAACUUGAAACUACACCACUAAAAUAGCCCCGAUCAUUCUUUUUAUAUAUAAAAAUAAACAUGAAUGUUGACAGGCUGGAGUUUAUUUCCUGUUAAUUGAAUAUGCAAACAUAGGUGCUAGAACUAGGGGUGCUGCAGCACCCCCUGGCUUGAAGUGGUUUCCAUUAUAUGCAGGGUUUACAGUUUGGUUUAAUGGCUCUCAGCACUCUCACUAUAAAAACUGUUCCAGCACCCUUGUAUGCAAAGUUUCAAGGGGGAAGGAGCUGGAACAAGUGGAAAUGCCCCUAGAAUUCC